GCGAGAGCGGCGAGAGCGCUCGGAGACGCGACGCGGGGCCGGCGGCGGCGCCUCAGCCUCCGUCCCCUCCCGGCGCCGCGCCUCGCCGCCUCGGCCUCCCGCAGCCGGACCGGAACUAUGUGAUCCCGGAAGUUCCGGGGCCACUGCUGUGUGGGAUAAACAGUAAUGGCGGAGGCUGCGGCUCCCGGAACAACAGCCACACCAGCGGGAGCAGGAGCGGCAGCGGCCUCCCCCGCCCCUCUCCUCACGGGCGCCGCCCCGGGCCCGGGGGCGGGAGGAGGGGGCGGCGGCAGCGACGGCGGCGGCGGCGGCGGCUGGACCAAGCAGGUCACCUGCAGGUAUUUUCUGCAUGGGGUUUGUAAGGAAGGAGAUAACUGUCGCUACUCGCAUGACCUCUCUGACAGUCCGUAUGGUGUAGUGUGCAAGUAUUUUCAGCGAGGGUACUGUAUUUACGGAGACCGCUGCAGGUAUGAGCACAGCAAGCCAUUGGAACCGGAAGACACUACCGCUGCAGAGCUAACCGCCAAAGCUUCCCUUGCGGCUUCGUCCAGUCUCCCUUCAGCAGCUGCACCACGUGCUGCAAUGAACGCAGGCGAAGCGGAGUCAAGUGGACACUUGGCAGCGCUGGGAGCAGGUUCAGAGGACUGGGCCAAUGCCAUCGAGUUUGUUCCUGGGCAGCCCUACUGUGGCCGUACUUCCUCCUCCUGCACUGAAGCACCCCCGCAGGGCUCAGGGACCCCGGCCGAACCCGAGAAGGAGCAGACCACCGCGGAAACCAAGAAGCAGCUCUGCCCCUACGCUGCGGUGGGCGAGUGCCGCUACGGGGAGAACUGUGUGUAUCUCCACGGGGAUUCCUGCGACAUGUGUGGGCUGCAGGUCCUGCACCCGGUGGACACCGCACAGCGCUCUCAGCACAUAAAAUCCUGCAUCGAGGCCCAUGAGAAGGACAUGGAGCUGUCAUUCGCGGUGCAGCGCAGCAAGGACAUGGUGUGUGGCAUCUGCAUGGAGGUGGUCUACGAGAAAGCCAACCCCAGCGAGCGCCGCUUUGGGAUCCUCUCCAACUGCAGCCACACCUACUGUCUCAAGUGCAUUCGCAAGUGGAGGAGUGCUAAGCAGUUUGAGAGCAAGAUCAUAAAGUCCUGCCCAGAAUGCCGCAUCACAUCUAACUUUGUCAUUCCAAGUGAGUACUGGGUGGAGGAGAAAGAAGAGAAGCAGAAACUCAUUCAGAAAUACAAGGAGGCCAUGAGCAACAAGGCGUGCAGGUAUUUUGAUGAAGGACGUGGGAGCUGCCCAUUUGGAGGGAACUGUUUUUACAAGCAUGCGUACCCUGAUGGCCGUAGAGAGGAGCCACAGAGGCAGAAAGUGGGAACAUCAAGCAGAUACCGGGCCCAACGAAGGAACCACUUCUGGGAGCUCAUUGAGGAAAGAGAGAACAGCAGCCCCUUUGACAACGACGAGGAGGUUGUCACCUUUGAGCUGGGCGAGAUGUUGCUUAUGCUUUUGGCCGCAGGCGGGGACGACGAGCUGACAGACUCUGAAGAUGAGUGGGACUUGUUUCAUGAUGAGCUGGAAGAUUUUUACGACUUGGAUCUAUAGCGGCUCUGUGUGGCGUGGGAACUGUGCCCCAGCUGGUGUGGCAGUGUGUGUUCCUCUCCUAGGCAGGCCUUUCAACUCCAGGUGCUGUCGUGAUCAUUCUUCCCAGGGCCUGUCUUCCUCCACCCCUUACCUUUCCCCAAGGAGUGUGUUGUUUUCUGUUUCAAAAAGUUACAAAAAUAAAUCUUAAAGUUA